GCCCACUAAGCACGCUGCCCACUGCGCACGCCUCCCUCUCUCCUCCUCUCUCCGGCUGCUGCUCACCAUCAAGAAGUCGCUUUCUCUAUCGGGCCGAAUUCACGCGAGGCAGAUUUGUUUUCUUCAUAGCAGCGAAGCGGGGUUCAUUGCGUUAAUCGUGCGCUUUUUCCUCUCCGCACGAUCCCUUUGUCUCCGACCCUGCGCUCUCCUUGAACAGCACCUCUCCGUCCGGCUGGAACACGGUGUCCUCUGGGGGUGGAAAUGACGGCCAAGCAUCGCAAACCGAAGAACAACCUCAAAAACGAAGAUGUCUUAAUCAAGAAUGAAGUGGUCGAGACCGAGGCGCGCGCCGGGGGCAGCAAUUACGCGGGGCUGCUGGUUUUAUUCCUGAUGAUCGUGGCCGUCGGUGCCGCCGGCGCGUGGCUGUGUCUCCAGCAGCACCAAACUUUAACCCACCUGACAGACAACAUCACGGCCAUGCAGAUGAAGAUAGUGAGGCUCCAGUCCUCCCAUGAAGAAAUGCGACAGUCCAGUGAUAAGCAGCACAUUUCGGAGAGUGUGGAGAACCGUCUGAUUGCACUGGAGGAGUCUUUUGCACUGGCCCAGAAACAGGUGGGCAUGGCCCUGGCUACGGCUGAGCAGCUGAAGACCAUGGAGCUCCCGGCUCAGGUGCUGUCCCUCCACACCGAGAUGAAAACCAGCCUGGCCGAGAUGCAGCAAGCCACAGUUUCUCUGGAGCAACUGGAGCAGCUGCAGACCACGGUGACAGGGCUGUCCCAGACGGUGGAGGUCUUAACUGGGAGCCUGGGAGCCGCAGAGUCCAUGCUGGAGGAGAAGGAAGCGCAGCUCACCGCACUCGGCACGGCCCUCAUCGAACAGGCCGCCGAGAUGCUCAAACUGAAUUUGGAAGUGGACGCCCAGCAGGCUCAGCUGAAGGCCAGCACGCUGGAGGUGGAGACUGUCAGAGAGUUGCUGGAGAAUGAGCUGUCCCAGCAGGCCAGUGUGGAGGAGCAGCUCAGUGCGGUGCACGAGAGUCUGCAGGAACAGAACUCAGCGGCCCAGAGUGUGCACUCUGAACUCAGGGCUCAGCUGGAGAACAUUCAGCUGGCGCUUGAGGCGCAAACCGCUGCAGAGCCUGUGGAGGAGGUCAUCGAAGAAGAAGAAGCUGCUACAGAGGAAGCACCUGUCGAGCAGGAGGUCCCUGUCGCUCCUGCAGAGGAGGUGGUGGAUGUGGUUGAGGAGGUGAAGGAGGAGGAGUUGGAGAAGGAGGAAGUAGAGACGACACAAGCGGAAGAGGAGAGCCAGGAAAUAUCGGAAGGAGAGAAAGCUCUGGAGGAGGAGGAGAAGGAGGACAGUAAUCCGGAAGAGGGGGCAGUGAAGGAGGCACCUCUACAGGAGGAGGCAGAUGAAGAAGAGGAGCCUUUAGAAAAUGAUACUUUAGCGCAGGAUGAAUAGGUUUUUCUGGACAAACUCAACCAAGGAGGAUCGGGAACUUUCUCAGUCUAAAGACACUGUCGACAAUAAGAUGAAUACUCUAGGCAGGCUUUAUAGAUUGCUGGUGUUUAGUUGCAGUCUUCACUGUGUGGUUGCUCUUUGAGAGGCAGACGAAAAACCAGAAGAGUUCCUUCACUGUGCUGGAGCUGAAACGUGAACAUGAAAUACAACAUGGCUGUUUAUGUUUGAAAAACGACUAAUUCAGGAUUUUUUUACUUACUGCCAAUAACGAUCUCCGAAGCCUUAAUUCAUACAACGCGACUGUCUUUCUAUAUAGAGCAUUUUUCCACUCUUCACAACUUGCACUUUUUUUUUUGUCAGGGUUAGGUCUGUACUAAACUGGAAAACUGCAAACCAAUGACACAACAAGAAGUGUUUGUCAGUGCACUUGAAGCCAUAAGAAAAGCCUGUCUCUGUGACAUGAAAUAAUGUGUCUUGUUGUCACUGCCUGAAAUGUUUUUUAUUAAAGAUAAAUGCAGAACAAA